CUGAAAAUCAGGAAUCUAAGAAACGAAGGUAGCAAUACACUGAAACGUUAUCGUGUUUAUAGGCUUGACGAAAAUCUCCGAGGACAUAUACCAAAAAAAGAUGAAGAAGAAACUGCCCAUAAGUCUGAGGAGCUUAAAUUGAAUUCUGUCAUUGAAUCAACUCUCUCCAAGGCCCCACGUGUGAAGGUUUAUAAAAUCGCCUCUUCUAAAACUUGCACACAUGAAGUUGCGUAUCCUCCAGGGUUACAAUUCAAGAAGCUGGAACCUGUUAAGGGACCGAGAAUUCUUAGCUUUCCCUUUACAUUGGAUCCUUUUCAAGAAGAGGCUAUUCUAUGUAUUGAAAAUAAUGAAUCGGUUAUGGUUGCAGCUCAUACUUCUGCCGGCAAAACAGUAGUAGCAGAGUAUGCCAUUGCCAAAGCCCUGGGUGAAAAGCGUCGAGUAAUCUAUACGACUCCUAUUAAAGCUCUUAGCAACCAAAAGUAUCGGGAGUUUUCUGAGGAGUUUGAAGAGGUAGGAUUGCUUACGGGUGAUGCUACAAUCAAUAUUAACGCUAGUGUUCUCAUUAUGACAACUGAAAUAUUGCAAUCAAUGUUGUAUCGAGGUUCCUCGAUUAUGCGCGAAGUAGGCUGGGUGGUAUAUGACGAAAUCCACUACAUGCGAGAUCCAGAACGAGGUGUUGUAUGGGAGGAGUCCUUGGUCCUCCUUCCAGACUCUGUCCGCUAUGUCUUCCUCUCUGCCACUGCACCAAAUGCAGGUCAAUUUGCCGAGUGGAUUGCCUGUCUCCACUCCCAGCCUUGUCAUGUGGUCGCUACGGAAACACGCCCUGUUCCACUCCAGCACUACAUGUAUCCACUUGGUUCGGACGGCUUGCGACUUGUUCUAAGUGAUGUAAGCUUGCCUUUACUUCUCAGUGAUAAUGACAGCGUAUCGAAGAUGGUCCGACUAGUGAAGCAGCACAAAUUGGAGCCUGUCAUUGUCUUCAGUUUCAGCAAAAAGGAAUGUGAGGUGUAUGCCUUGAAAAUGGCCGAUCAUGACUUUUUAACUGAUCCAGAUAGGCUUGUUGUUGAGGAGGUUUUCAAAAACGCCAUUGACGGACUUUCCCCCAAAGACAAAUGUCUGCCUCAAGUUGAAAGUGUUCUGCCUCUACUCAAAAAGGGCAUCGGCAUACAUCAUGGUGGUCUCUUGCCAAUUCUCAAGGAGACUGUGGAGAUUCUCUUUGGUGAGGGUCUUAUUAAGUGUCUUUUUGCAACUGAGACCUUCGCAAUGGGCUUAAAUAUGCCUGCUCGUACGGUGAUUUUCACGUCUUUUCGCAAAUAUGAUGGCAUCAAGUAUCGCUUUCUUACUGCUGGCGAGUACAUCCAGAUGUCGGGACGUGCAGGUCGUCGAGGUAAAGACGACAGUGGAACCGUGAUUGUUAUGGUGGAUGAGACUCUCACAGAAUCGACUGGGCGUUCUAUUCUCUGUGGCGAACCAGCUCCUCUCAACUCCGCUUUCCACAUCACCUACAAUAUGCUCCUCAAUCUCCUUCGUGUUGAGGAAAUUAACCCUGAAUAUCUCAUGGAACGAUCUUUCUGUCAGUUUCAGAACUAUGCUCGUCUCCCUGAACUCACUGGAAUGGCGAUCAAAUUGAAGAAACGCUCUCGUCGUGAUCGUGUUUCCUCUUUGGAGACUUUCUACGUCCUCGAUUGUCUUCUUUCCAAAGCACGCAUAUCUGAGAUAUGUGGGCUACCGAUGGCGGAUAUUAUUCCUGUGCGUCUAGAUUGCCUUUGUGGGAUUAGUCAAGUUCGUCUGGUGGUCCCAAAUGAUUUGCGCUCUGUGGAAUCUCGUGCUAUGCUCUUCUCGUCUAUUGAAAAAUGCAAGAUGAAGUUGAAAGUGGAUGAAUUACCGCCUCUUGAUCCAAUUAAUGACAUGCAUAUUACUGAUGGGAAAUUCAUGGAAUUAACGGAGGUAUGUUUGUUGUACAUUUCCAGGAAUAUCGGUAUUCUCCUUCGAGAGAAACAACGAGUCAACAUCGAGAAGGUGACUCAUACUCUGACCCAGAAAGUUUCGCUUAUUCAAAUGGACGACUUGGUAGCUCGUAAGCGAGUUCUUCGUAGGCUUGGAUUUGUCAGUGCUAAUGAUGUAAUCGAAUUGAAAGGUCGUGUCGCUUGUGAGAUUACGUCUGGAAAUGAAUUGGUCCUGACAGAGUUGCUUUUUGAAGGCAUUUUCGCUCGACUUUCAGCCGAACAAACUGCAUCUCUUCUCUCCUGUUUCAUCUUUGAUGACCGAGUCUCGACAAUGCCUGAAUUGUCUAGUGAAAUGGCUGAAGCUCUGCGAACACUUCAAAACACAGCUCGUCGCAUCGCGAAGAUCAGUAGAGAAUGUCGUUUACCUAUUGAUCCAGAUGCGUUUGUGGAAUCUUUUAAACCCUAUGGGAUGGAUAUUGUGCUGAAAUGGGCCCAGGGUGUCGAUUUCGCUUCCCUCUGCUCAAAAACUGACCUCUUUGAAGGAGCUAUCAUUCGUGGCAUUCGAUUGUUGGAAGAACUUCUUCGGCAGAUGAUCAAUGCGGCUAGAACUAUUGGCAACAAUUCACUAAUUGCUAAAUUCACUGAAGCUAUCGAAAAGAUUAAAAGGGACAUUGUCUUUGCAGCCAGUCUUUAUUUGUAA